CAGUCGUAUCCGCACGCAAACACAAGCACCGCUCCGCAUCAGACAUGAAGCCGCAGGUCCUGGCCGUGGUACUGGCGCUGGCGGCGGCGGCGGCGGCAGAUCUCCCCACCAACUACGGCUCCCCAGACGCCCAGGUGGAGGCGGCGCCCUACCCGCCCUCCGGCUGGAGGCCCUCUGGCCGCCAGUUCCAGCUGCCCGCCAGGCAGUCCUCCAACUACCUGCCGCCCCCGCAGUACGGCCCCCCGCAGUACGGCCCCCCCGAGGAGGAGACCACGGAGCAGCCCUCCACCACGGAGCUGCCCACCACCACCGAGGUCUCCACCGAGCAGGACGGCUCCGACGAGCUCGCCGACGGCAACAGCGCCGCCGGCCGCCGCCAGAGGCUGCAGCAGAGGGAGCGCGAGCAGCUGGACAGCGGGCUGUACUACGUGCUGCUGCCGGACGGCAGACUGCAGCGGGUCGCCUACACCGCCGGGCGCGACGCCGCCCUCUCGCAGCAGCUCAGCGCUCAGGCGCCUCAGCAGCUGAGCAACGGCUACUACGCUCAGAUACAGUACCACGAUGUGGAGCCGAUCCGGGCGCCCAUCUACCAGUACCCGGCGCCGCUGGUCAGGAUCCUCAAGUGACCUCGCUCCUGUCGAGGACCUGAGAUGCCUGCUCGCAACAACCCCUAUGUGCACUCCACAACAAAAGAUUUAUUUUUGUAAAAAUUGUGAUUUUUAAAGUUAUUAUAUUUACGAAAAAAAUAAAUAAAUAACUUAAAUUCACAUUUCUAUUAACCGUU